AUGCGACACCUGACAAUGAAUAACAGCAUAAUCAACACCUUCUUCUCAGAGUUGGUUUACCAACUUCAGUCCAGAUCGUCCGCUGCUGUGGCUCUGGAAUCCGCUUUUCUGGUCAUGAUUAACUGCUUGGCAUUUGCUGGUAAUACCAUCGUGGUCGUAGCUUUCUUCCGGAGUCCCUCCCUGCAAACUCCUACAAACAUUUUCAUAGUAGCUCUUUCCAUCUCUGACAUUAUCAUGUCCGUCUUUCCCAUGCCUCUCACGGCGGGUGCGGUUAUCACAGGGGCGUGGUCCUACGGGGGUACAUUGUGCCAUAUUCAAGGCUACCUGGUACAUGUUUUAGCUUUCAUCUCUAUAGAAAUAAUGGCGCUAACAGCGAUCAAUCGCUACUGCAAAACUUUGCAGCCCUCUCAGUACUCGAAGCUCUUCAAGGAUUCUUAUUCGGCGUAUUAUAUUAUAGUAGUCUGCGCAGUGUCUUGUGGGAUACUCGCUGUCACCAUAUUCCCCGAGCCCUCCGAGUCCUUCGUGUUUCAUCCGGGAAAGUUGAUCUGUGUGCGUCUGUACAGCUCGCUGGCGGCUAGUCGCGUGUAUACCGCUGCCCUGAGUGUGAUGUUCAUUGUCACGCCGGCCGCCAUCAUCAUUUUCUGCUACGCCAAAGUCCUUCUCGCCUUGCAUCGACACUCCACUAAAAUCCAGUGCCGCUAUAACCCCAGGGGGAGAGGGAGCGUCAGAUUCGACACCAAUACAAAUUCGAGCGAGAGUCGGCAAAGUCUCGUUGUCGUUCGGCCGGAUAUCGUUAUCACGAGGACAUUAGUAAUUACCGUGAUAUGUUUCUUUGUGUGUUGGGUACCCUGUUUUCUGAUUGACGUAGUGGAUGUGACUAUUGCGCAUGCGCUGGAUAGGAGGGUGUACCUAGCAUACACCUGCCUCGCUUACAUGUCAAGUGCUUGUAACCCGUUGGUUUAUGGAAUCCACAAUCCAGCGUUCCGUAAAGGGUUCCUAAAUUUCCUAAAGUGUGGCUGAUCACAUUUUAUUUAUCUUGUUGGAGAAAAAAAUCUCAAGAAUUUAUCAACACGGAUAGCGCGUCACAAAACGAGGAGCAUAUCAGCCAUAUUAGAGGAAUGUUGAGAUUUUGACUUUGUACGCACAACAACGUACCGACUUUUCUAGGCAGAGGGUGGUUCAUGGCAUGUGAUUCGAGAAAUGGUAUAUUGGAAAGGUGGGGGGGGGGGGGUGUAUGGAUCUUUCCUACAUGAGGAUUCAGGAACAAAGAUCUUGACAAAAUGGAAGCAAAAACAAAGAAUGAACACGAACUAUUGAACAAUCAGUUUCUUUCUCGCAACUGGAAUCGCCCUGCAUGCAAUAAAAUUAUAAGAAAAUUAAUGGUGAGUUCCCAAACCGUUGUCCUGCGUGCAAUAAAAUUAUAAGAAAAUUAA